GAACCUGGUAGAUGUUUGUAAUUGGCCCUUGAGCCGAAACUCGCUUCGUUUUCCUCGACUAUUUUCCUCUUGAACGAAACUUGGAGUAAUCAGAGUUUCAGUGAACUUUACAUUUGGCUCUUGUGUGGAGUUUUUGUGCAUUUGUUUCAUUGUAAUCGCUCAACAAACGACUUGGAGAGGAUGCAACGUUUCCACUUUGGUUGGUCUUUGGUUCGCUGUUGCUUGGUUUUACUCGGACUUUGGACAAGUCAUGCACAAGAAUGCGGCCAGCCACCUCUACAGAGCAGGAUAGUUGGAGGAUUUGACGCUGCUGAAGGUCACUGGCCGUGGCAGGUCGAUAUACAGGGUUCGGGAGUACAUGUAUGUGGAGGAACACUCAUUUCUGAGACCUGGGUUUUGUCUGCAGCUCACUGUUUCCCAAAUCCUUCGGACACGUCCCAGUACCUGAUCUAUGCAGGGCGUCUGCAGCUGAAUGGCUGGAACCAGUACGAGACGACACAUCGGGUUAAUCGUGUGGUGGUGCCAUAUGGCUACACGGACCCACAGCUGGGCCAGGACAUUGCUUUAGUGGAGUUGACUACCCCAGUCAUCUGGUCUAAUCAUGUCCAGCCUGUGUGUGUUCCUAAUGCAGAUGUUUCAUUUCCUGGAGGAACCAUGUGCACCAUCACUGGCUGGGGAGACAUUAGAGACGGAGUCUCUUUGCAAGGGGUGGGAACUCUGCAGCAGGUGCAGGUGCCAAUCAUUGAUCAAACUGCCUGCCAGGACAUGUUCCAGAUCCAAGCCACAGAGCAGGUUAAUAUUCGCUUUGACAUGCUGUGUGCUGGCUUUCAAAAGGGGGGAAAAGAUUCCUGCCAGGGGGAUUCUGGAGGACCGCUGGUGUGCCAAACAUCUAGUGGCAUUUGGCUGCAGGUUGGCAUUGUGAGCUUCGGACUGGGAUGUGCCCAGCCUAACCGGCCAGGAGUCUACGCUAGAGUGUCAGCCUUUUCCAACUUUAUUCAGAGCAAUGUUCAAGGAAUACAACUGAGUAGCACAGCAGAUCACAACUGGACUGGCUGGCUCAUCAUACUCACCAGGACUGUAAUCGCAUUAACUUUGGCACAGCUUCUGAGAUAAUUAACUGUUCUGAAACUUAUCAAACACCAAGGGAAGGAUAAAUUCACAAACCUCAGGGGACAUUAAUAAGAGGCAAUGCAGAGACUGUGAUCCUGUUUUUAAACUGUAUAUUGAAUAAAUUUUUUUUACUUGC